UUUUCUUAGCCUGGGCCAGGUCUCUGCCCACCCAUCCAGGUGAGAGCUCAGUACCUGUCCCAAAGCUUUGGCAGCGUUGUGCUGGGGCCUGUGUUGUGUUAAACUUUGCCCCUUAUAAAAUGAUUUUUUAACCAAAUAUUCUGUGUGCCAGGUCCCACACUCUCUGUGCCAUCUGUAACCACUUUGUGCCUGGGAUUGCUGUCCCCUGUCACUACUUUGUGUGUGUUCAGUACCAUAGUCGUAGCUGUGGAAGCAACUUAAUUCAGUCUCUCCUGGAUUAUUCCAACAGAUCCGUUUUUACAACCUCUUCUACCUUUUGGCAGGUUUUUACCCAUUUUUCCUCUCCUCUGUAGUUCUUAUUUUGCUGCAGUUCACACUUGACAACUCUCCAUUACUUCCUUUUCAUUGUUUGAAGAAUCACCUAGAAAUGAAAUGUAUUCAGCACAGCUCUUUUUUUUUAAUCUUUCCCCCAUCUCCUCCCCCCUCGUUCACCGAGUGAUUGAAGCCGCCAAAAUCCAAGUGAUCACAGGAGGGGCACGUUUUUCCUCCCUUUUUUUAAACUCCCAUUUUUCCUCUGCCAUAUGUUGGGUCAUCCACUACAAAAGCCUCGCGAUGGAGAGGCUCCAUGUGAUCAGCAGAUUUACAGCUCGCCCGAAAAUGAAAGCAGAAAAUGAAAUUCCAGAGUGCCUCUUGCGUGUGACGUGCCUGAACAUCUGAGAAUUUGGGCUCCUGGGCGUGAGCAGGCUUUGGCUUCCAGAUAAUUCUGGUGUCUGCAAUAAAAGUGUGCUGAGGGGGUUAAUGGUGCUCCAAACCAGCCCUGCCUGGGUUUGUUUCCGUGCAUCACCAGAAUAUUCUCUCUCCAGGGCUUUGAAGAUGGGCUGCCUUGCAGUGAAGACUUAACUGGUAAUUAAAUUCUCCAAGAAGCGCCAGGACUCCCUUGGAACAUGGGGCUGCUCCGUGCCCGGGAUGCUGCGUCGCGGAGGAAAGGAUGUGUGACCAGGACUGCGUCAGAGCGGCGCCGACUCCUGUGAGACAUGGAUAGAUGCAAACAUGUCGGGCGGCUACGACUCGCCCAGGACCACUCGAUCCUGAACCCCCAGAAGUGGCAGUGCGUGGACUGCCAGACCACGGAGUCGCUCUGGGCCUGCCUCAAGUGCUCGCACGUGGCGUGCGGGCGGUACCUGGAGGAGCACGCGCUGCGCCACUUCCAGGAGACCCGGCACCCGCUGGCCAUGGAGGUGCACGACCUGCACGUGUUCUGUUACCUGUGCCAGGACUACGUGCUGAACGACAACCCCGAGGGGGACCUGAAGCUGCUGCGGAGCUCGCUGUCGGCCAUCCAGGGCCAGCGGCGGGACCCCCUGGCUCGCAGCGGGAGGACCCUGCGCUCCAUGGCGCUGGGCGAGGGCGCGCGCGGCCGCCGCGGGAGCCCCCCGGGGCAGUCCCAGAUGCUCACGGCCCUCUGGCACCGGCGCCAGGCCCUGCUGGCGAGGGCGCUGCGGACCUGGUUCCACAAGAGCUCUCGGGGGCAGCUGAAAUUGCAGCAGAAGAGGCAAAUGGAGGAGCUGGAGAAGAAGAAGGAGGCGGCUCGGCGGCGGCGGCAGGAGAUGAAGAGGCAGCUCCUGGAGGAGCUGGCGAACACCCCCCCCAGGAAGAGCGCGAGGCUGUUGUCUCACGUGCACGGGGAGAACUUGAUUCCAAGGAAGUUCAGGGAGGUGGCCUCCUCCCCUACCUCAAGGCAGGUGCAGAGCAGCAGGUUCAGACAGUUCUACUCCAUCCGGCGCCAGCCCCUCAUGACUCCCGGGGUCACGGGGCUGAGGAACCUGGGGAACACGUGUUACAUGAACUCCAUCCUGCAAGUGCUGAGUCACCUCCAGAAGUUCAGAGAAUGUUUUUUGACACUUGAUCUCUGUGAAACAGAAGAACUCUUGGCUAAAACUGUGAACGGGAGGGCCAGGAUCCCUGGCAAACUGGCAAAUGGGUCUGCUGCUAACGAGUCAGGGAAGACUGACAAAGUGGGAUCAUCUGGCACGCAGAGCUCGCCAGCUGGCUUGAACGGGAGCUCCUCCAUAAGCCGGAGCUUAGAACUGAUCCAACCCAAGGAGCCGAGCUCAAAGCACAUCUCCCUCUGCCACGAACUGCACACCCUCUUCAGAGUGAUGUGGUCUGGCAAGUGGGCCCUCGUGUCCCCCUUUGCCAUGCUGCACUCCGUGUGGAGCCUGAUCCCGGCCUUCCGGGGCUACGAUCAGCAGGACGCUCAGGAAUUCCUCUGCGAGCUGUUGGAUAAAGUCCAGCAGGAGCUGGAGUCGGAAGGAACGAAGCGCAGGAUCCUCAUCCCCUUCUCGCAGAGGAAGCUCACCAAGCAGGUCCUCAAGGUGGUCAACACCAUCUUCCACGGGCAGUUGCUCAGCCAGGUCACCUGCAUCACGUGCAACUACAAAUCCAACACUGUGGAGCCCUUCUGGGACCUUUCCUUGGAGUUCCCCGAGCGCUACCACUCCCUGGAGAAGGGCAUUGUGCCCGUGCAGCAGGCAGAGUGCCUGCUCACCGAGAUGCUGGCCAAGUUCACCGAGACCGAGGCGCUGGAGGGGAGGAUCUACGCCUGCGACCAGUGCAACAGCAAACGGCGAAAGUCUUCUCCCAAACCUCUUGUUCUGAGUGAAGCUAAAAAGCAGUUGCUGAUCUACAGACUACCUCAGGUCCUCCGGCUGCACCUUAAACGCUUCAGGUGGUCUGAGCGCAAUCACCGCGAGAAGAUCGGGGUCCAUGUCCUCUUUGACCAGGUAUUAAACAUGGAACCUUACUGCUGCAGGGACUCCCUCUCCUCUCUUGGCAAGGAGACCCUUGUGUAUGACCUCUCGGCUGUGGUGAUGCAUCACGGGAAGGGGUUUGGCUCAGGACACUACACAGCAUAUUGCUACAACACAGAGGGAGGGUUUUGGGUCCACUGCAAUGACUCCAAGCUGAAUGUAUGUAGUGUGGAGGAGGUGUGCAAGACCCAGGCCUACAUUCUCUUUUACACUCAAAGAACGGUGCAGGACGAAGCAGGAAUCUCAGAAAAACAACUCCAAGCUCAGGUGCCACCCAAAAACAGUGACAAGGACAGAAGACUGACAUUCCCAUGACGGGGAGCCUGUCACUCCAUCAGCACUCUCAGCUCUUUCUGGAACCGUUGGUGUUCACAUCUUCCCUCUCCGUGGGGAAGAACGCUGGCUGCAGGAGUGGGAUCAGAGCAGGAUCUUUGCCACCCCGGGUCUGGGAAAGCCCAUGGAGCUGGGGAGUUCUGACACGUCAGGUCGUUGUCAGAACCUUGGUUUUAAAGAGUCUCGUUGCUGAAUUAGGCUCACAGAAAGGAAAUUAGGAAGUUUGAUGCUGAAUUUCAUCUCAUCUCAGAGGAGCUGCGUGAGGUCUGUGACAAGUGAGCACAGCCAGGAAAGAGGAGCAUCCAGCUGCUUCAGAGCCCUUCAGUCCCCACCAAUCCUGGGCAAACUCCACCAGGAGCAGGUACAGUCCCCCCCCCUCCAGUGGCCAUUCCCACUGCCAGGGGAAUCACAGGCACCAGGCACUGCCUGCAAGGAAUUGGCUGCCCUGAGAGCUGUUCUUGCUGGAGAAAUGUGUAAGUUCUUCUUCAUUCUUCCCCCAGGGCUCAGCUGCCCCUGUGACACCAAUUUCUCUGCCAUCAGCUGGGGGCAGAGCCCUGGCUGAAGCUUUGCCAGCAGCUCUGUGUGUCAGUGCCACUGGGGCUGUGUCUCACUCCAUGGUUUAUUCUCUGGGCUGAACUCAACUGGCAGCUAAAUUCACUCAGAAUGUGAUUUUAAUACAGUUCUUCUUUGGAGAAAGUGUGUUCAAACACGAAAAAACCCCCUGUAAUAAACCAGGAAUGUACCUGUGUGCCAGAUCUGGCAGCAAAAACAAAACCUGUGCUCCAGGUUUCUGCUGGAGGGGCAUCACUGUCCCCAGGAUUGUAAGGAUUAGAAAGUCUGUGGCUUGCACAGCUGUGGCAGCAGAAGUUGGUGAUGUGGAGGCAUCUCACAGUGGCAAACUCACUCUUUAUUACAAAUGUGGCUUGUUUUCCUCAGGGGAGCAGUGAUGGGAAUGCCACAGUGUGGGGGACAGAGCUGGAUUCUGUCACUGCCUCUGGAGGGGGAACAGUCAUUAGUCGUGGUUGUCACACGAGCCCAGAGCAGGGGAAGGUGGCCCUGGAUCCAGGCAGUGCCCAGAAUUCCCCCUGUGAGGUCUUUGUUCCUGCUGGGCCAUCAAGGGAAGGAAUGUAGUUAAAUCUCAAAUUCCACGUCGAGUUGGAAAGGCUGCAAAAAUGUCUGUAUCUGAAAUCAUCCUGAUUUUAGAAUCCUGUGAGAAACACAGAGCCUUAGUGGACUAUUUGUCCACUGCACUUCUCAGCCUACAGUUGCACCUCAGGUGUGUUUUUGUAAUUUGGGGUUUGGCUGCUCAUGUUUCAUGUUUUAAACCUGAAUAUGGAACUGCAAAAAAAAAAAAAAAAA